UCACGUUUGCUUUCGACAAAAAAUAGACUCAUCGAAAUAAAAUCAGGCCUGCUUUAUUUGUUUGUUUGUUUUUAAAUUUCUUUUAUAGCCUGCAGAACUUGUUCCCCAUGCAUCGCGCGUGUCUCGCACCCCCAGUCCGCUUCGCAGUGCUAACAUGAAAAGCGCAAAAAACUAAAAUUGACUCCUGUUCUGCAGUUGAUUUCUUUUAUAGACACCUUCUAGGCAUUGACAGGCUGUGAAAAAAGUGUAUUUUUUUUAUUAUUAUUUUUUGAAGUGCUACAUCAUUUUCCUAUAAAAAUCAAACGUGACUGCUAAAAGACUGUUUGGAACCCAUGGAUGGAGAAAAGCUGUGCCGGAGAGAAGGUCAACCUCCCAGCCGAGCCAACUUUUGCGAGCGUUUGCAUGAGGAAAAAACUGACCACUUUGUCCGAGUCAACAGUGCUUGCGCAUGCUGUCUUUGUCUAGCCUUGACCAAAGUGAAGAAAUAUUAGCCGGGCUAGAAGGGUGAGGCCACCACUACCGGCUCAGUGGAGGGCUGACUUCCGGAAGCCCUCAACCCCGCCCACUACUGGUAGUAAGGCGUCUAUCCGAACCAACCUUUUGUUUCUCAUGUAAAUGGUUUACCAAGUUUUGUAAGGAAAUGGAGGAAAAGUUGGCUCACCCAGGGUAGCUUGGGAGGUGAGUAAACACCAGAUAACCCCAAUAAUAAGCACAAACUUUGAUUGUCAGUUAGAUGUCCACUAUUUUAAGUAAGCGACCUGGCAUGUGAUUGUCGCAUCCAUGCCCCCUUCCAGAUCCCCUUUAUUAUCGGUAAGCCUCUGAUAGGUCAAAGUAAUACAGUCGUACCUCCAGUAAGCGACCACCAAAAAUGCAAAGACUUAAUGGUCUCUAACGGGAGGUGGCCGUUUAGAAGAAUCGGACCACAUGGGGUCUAUUCCGAGAAGAGGUCCGGGCACAUUCUAUUAAAUGGCGGUGUAACAAAUUCCUGGCAAAAUAUUAUCUUUUACCUCUUUUGAAAGAUACAGCUUUUAAAUCAUGCUCAAUUUAAAGAGGGAUUCAGGUGAGUGAGAUAUAGAAUAGUCUAGAAUCACAACAGAAUCUUCACUUUGUUGGCUACAUCUACUAAGUUAGGAUAUGUGUAGUUCCACGAUGUCACUAAAGGUCUUCAUAUUUUCCAAGGAACAUAGUGCACACAGCAAAAAUAGAGAGCAGAGAAUGCGUCAACUGGUCGCUUAUGGAAAACAAUUAACCCAAAAAGUGGUCGCAGUCACUUACAGAAGGUCGUUUACUGGAGGUUAAUCCAAAUAUAAGGCUUUGAAUGGGAAAAUUUGGUCUUUUGGAUUGGCGGUCGCACAUGGAGGUUCGACUGUGUUAGGUCUAUUAGAGUAUGAACCACCAUCACCUCACUGUGAGUGACGAGAGCCAGGAACGUAUAGUAUACACUCCCUUAGGAUGCACAGAAUCGUUGUUUUGAGGUCCCGUUUAGCGAAAUGGAUCAUUCAAGGCAGGUGCUGAAGUCCCAUAGUGAAAUUUAUAAGGUUUAUGGGUUUUUAGUGCAAGGCGAAACACAAUAUUUUAGGGCCCUGUUGUUCAAACGUUGAACAACAGGAAAUCACUAUCAAGCGAAUAAGAUGAAGCAAUUGCGUUACUUAUUGGAUAUAGAUUUAUCCAGGGAAAGCGUUAGUUCCGGGGCGUUAGUCAACUUUUCGAACAUACUGCCCCUAAGUCACUCUCCUCCGAAGACUUACCCUGGGCGACCUGGAUAGGGGAAUAUAAUACUCGACCUUCCUUGCAUCAUCGCGAGAGCCUAUAGCCUUCACUUUCUUUUGGCUCGUCCUAUAAUCCUACCCAACGUUCGUGGGACAGGAAAGUCUGCGUGCGAGGCUUGGGAAUCUAGGGAGACUAUGCUAGCAUGGUGCAAAUAGUCGGGAUGAGCUACUUUGUCCACACGAACCAAGAGGAUUGUGUCUGCUAGAAGAAAUCAGAUGUAGCUUUCUGUCAUAAGUAAUAUUUCAACAUUAUAGGAUCAUAGUUUGAAGCCAUUUCACAAUCACUAGUUUCCGCGCACCUCUACCGGCGAGUUGUGGACAAAAGCAGCUGAUAGCUGUAUACGAAUGGUUUCUGGGUUUUCGUAUUCGACAGUGUCAUGUCUUGAUUUUUUUUUAAUCUUAAUCGAGGUCUUUUUUAUUAUGUACUGUCUAUCUGACUGACUGUUUCUUUGUGUUUUUUUUUUUCUGGUAAUAACAGGUUUCAUAAUUUGGUCGCGGUUGGGGGAGGCUCCUGAUCGUGAGCAAAUAGCGAAAACCAAAGUAAACUAUAGCGUUGAAUCCGUUGGCCACGGAGAAUUGGUAUUAUUCUGCAAGUUCUUUACUACAGCAAGAGAGUAUACUCCCUUGACUAUGGGGCAUUGGGCCGGGGAACUUAGUAUUUUGACCCGGCAUAGGGGGAGGAGGGGAGGGGGGUACCCUGGCCAGAUUCCAAGUCACGGGGAUGAUCGAAG